GGUUACUGUGAUCAAUACAUUGGUACCCUCUUCUUUAGUUUCCAAGAGCCGCUAUCUCUCUGCUUUUGCUAGUGGUACUGUCUUAGCUUUGAUUCUCUUUUCUCUGUUUUGUUCUGUUUCGCUUGUAAGUUCCUCUGUUAGGCUUUCGCCCUUCUAAAGUGGUACAGGAACUUAAACAAUGAAGAAUGCCAAGGGCAAGGGGGCAGUGAAGGUCUCAAAAGAAGCACUGAAGCCUGUUGAUGACCGAAAGGUUGGAAAGAGGAAGGCUCCUAGUAAGCCUGACAAGGGCAGUGCACCAAAGGCAAAGAAGGAGAAGAAGGCCAAGAAAGACCCAAACAAGCCUAAAAGACCACCCAGUGCUUUCUUUGUGUUCCUUGAGGAGUUCAGGCAGACCUUUAAGGCUGAGAAUCCAAAUGUGAAGGCUGUAUCUGCUGUUGGGAAAGCUGGAGGAGAGAAAUGGAAAUCUUUAUCCAGUGCUGAAAAAGCUCCAUAUGAAGCCAAGGCUGCAAAAAGGAAAGCUGAGUAUGAAAAACUCAUGAAAGCUUAUGAUAAAAAGCAGGCAAGCUCUGCAGAUGAUGAUGAAUCAGACAAGUCCAAAUCUGAGGUGAACGAUGAAGAUGAUGAAGCCAGUGCAGAGGACCAUCAAGAGGAGGAAGAGGAGGAAGACGAUGAAGAUGAGGAAGAUGAGGAUGAUGACUGAGAUUGAUGUUUAAAAACUUGGUUUAUGAUGUUUUGUUGGUGAGGGUGGCUAUUAUCUAUUCUGACUGUGCAUACUAGGCCACUUUUUUUAUGUUUUGUGUUGGUAGAAAAGAAUCUCUUCCUUUUGUUGGCUCCUUAAAUUGCCUGCUACUUGAGCUUCCCUCACUUAGCUAUCGUACCUAAAUUGCUCUGUGCAUUGUAGCCUUACAUGGGUUGCUUUAAGUAAUAUUAAUUUCUUUCUGAUCAA